AUGUCGCGAGCGCAAAGUGAAGCCGAAGAUCGCGCCCACAUUACCCAAUCCGAGAUAAUCGACCAACUACGUCGCGAAGUCGCACAACUCCGCGGACGCCUGGACCAAGGUCCAGGAGAGCCCGGUCAUAGCCAGAAUCAGAACCAGCGCCAGCGCCAGCGCUCGCGCCCGGACCAAGCAGCCGGGCCUUUCCCGCGGAACGGCCAGAGUUGGACACAACAUGCGCCUGCGCACACAGGCUACAACUACGACAGCCAUAGCCAUAGCAAUGGCUCUGGGUAUGAGGCUGGCGCUGGCGCUGGUUUUGCCUCAGCUAGAGGUACCCCGGAUACUGGUGAAGGCAGCUGGCGCGGGUCGUCGCCAUCCUCGUCGAUCACGACCAUGACAAACUCUGUGACUGUUACAAGUCCUGACAGUACGGGGAGUGAGAAUGGGACUGGGUCGAUGUCCACUUCGUCGCGGUCGGCUUCUGCUUCUGCUUAUCCUAUCGCGACGGGGUAUGCGCCGCAAGUUGCGGAGCUAGACGGGUCGGCUACAGUUGAAUCACGUGCUUUUGGAAGUACUCUAGAAGAUGCGACAAUGUCUGGAUAUUAUACAGGAGGCAUGACCUUCACCCCGGGGGACAUGCCCGGAAUAAUCCCAGUACCGAUGCAGGGUCUCUCGGUGCAUGGCUUACACGCGCAGGAUGCGAUGUUAGGGAUGCACCACCCGCCGCUAUACGGAGCCAAUAGCGAUGAUUAUAUGUUUGACGGAGGCAAAGCACUGCCAUACUUACAACACACUAGCUAUCCCGCACCCAUACCAACAGCAACAGCAACACAUUACGGGGAGGAAUAUUCAAUAUCAAAUCAAGAUAAUAGGCCUCACGCAUAUCAUCAAUGGGGGCAAGAUGCAUAUGGGAAUCCGAAUUUGAAUCCGAGCCAAUUUCCGCAUACACAUAUAUACCAAACCACAUCUCAUUAUUCAACUAUCAACCCCUUCAUCAACACCACCGCCACCAACACGAACAUGAACGUCUAUGCAGAUGCAUCCUUUUCCCUACCAAACCCAACGCCCAUUGCAGGCGAUAUUUCCAGCCUUACCAGCCCUAGUUCCCAGGACCGACCUUCACCAACAACCAUCAUGAACUCAAUGCCAAGCUCCUGGAAGGGCGAGGGGAAACAAGAACUGCUUGAGGUCCUGCUGGAAACAAUUGCUAGCUGUGACGAGCAACGUUUACCUCAGGUGAUUCAGGUCUUGCGGACAAGUCCUUCACCCGAGGAGGCUGUUUCGGGGGUUUGUCAGGUUCUCGGGAUUGGGACAGGGCGGUGA